AUGGAGGCAGCUCAGUUGCUCUCAGAAGGUGAGUCUCAUUGUAAGACUUUGCCAGGUUGCAAGUCCUCAAGCCAUACUGCUGAAUCUGAGGUCUCAUGGUGUUCUUUUCCCUCAGCAGAUUCAGCCUUGUCAGCUCCUGUGGCCAUAGACCUCCACCAGGCUAAAGUUCAGGGGGCAGCAGAGCUGGCUGGUAGGGGCAAGUACAGUGCAAGCAGGGAGAGGCCCCUCGGCGUGGGUGCCGGUCUUGUGAACACAGGCAACAGCUGCUACGUGAAUUCAGCUUUGCAGUGUCUGACACACACGCCACCUCUUGCCAACUACCUGCUCUCCCGGGAGCACUCGCAGAGCUGUUGCCACCGGGAUGUCUGCACAAUGUGUGCUCUGGAAGCUCACGUGACUCGGAGUCUCCUCUACUGCACGGAUGCCAUGCAGCCCUCGACCAAAUUGACUCGUGCCUUCCACAAGCACAAGCAGGAAGAUGCCCAUGAGUUUCUCAUGUUCACCUUGAACGCCAUGCACGAAUCCUGCCUUGGAGGGAGCAAGCACUGCGAAGACCGCUCUGAGGACAGCACCCCAAUCCACGAUAUAUUUGGAGGCUCGUGGAGAUCUCAGGUCAAGUGUCUCCAGUGCCAGGGCACCUCAGAUGCCUUUAGCCCGUUCCUGGACAUCACCCUAGAUAUCCAUGCAGCCCAGAGUGUGAACCAAGCCUUGGAGAGUCUAGUGAAGGCCGAAGAGCUGUGUGGGGAAAACGCCUACCACUGUGACCAUUGCCAGGGGAAGACACCAGCUUUGAAGAGCCUGACAGUUCAAAGUGCCUCGAAGGUUCUCGUGCUGGUGUUGAACCGCUUCUCAGACUUCACAGGUGGCAAAACGAACAGGAAAGUAAGGUACCCUGAGUCCCUUGACCUGCGGCCCUACAUGUCUCAGUCCAAUAGAGGACCGUUGGUGUAUGCCCUGUAUGCUGUGCUGGUCCACACUGGUGUGACUUGCCACAGUGGACAUUAUUUCUGCUAUGUCAGAGCUGGCGACGGCAAGUGGUACAAGAUGGAUGAUUCUAGGGUCACCAGGUGCGACGUGACUUGUGUCCUGAAUGAGCCGGCCUAUCUGCUCUUCUAUGUCCAGGAGACUGAUAACCGAGAGGACAGUGUCUGCAGGCCAGUAGGCACGGCAAACAAGGCUCACGUGAGGAAAGGCUGGCAGAAAACACACAGCCGAAGAUCCGGGGUGGAAUCCACAGAGCCAGUCAGAGAGCUGGAGAAUGUAGUGACCCAAGAAAUCUCCUUAGACGAGUGGAAAGAGCUGCAGGCAAAAAAGCAUCCCAAGACAGUGCUGAACCUCAAGCAAACUGGGCCCACUCUGCCGGCCGAAGCAGUUGUGAUCCACCAGCCCAGACGCAAAGAAGACCUGGACACUAAUGAGCUGGACAAGGAGAACUACUCAUGGCAUGAUUCUGCCAGGCUUCUGCCUGCUCAGAGAGCCAGGAACCCUGCCUUACUCUGCAGUCAGGAAGGAACGGCAAGAUCCAAGAAGAAGAACAAGCCAAAGUGGAGGCCUCUGCUUCUUUACUAGUGCUCACCUCACUCACCGACCCGUCUCGGGCUCCUGUGGACAUAUUGGCAAGUUGACCAGGCCCUUGAAGCAAGAGACCUGGACCUGUAACCCAGGAAGUGCGGAUGUCUCACCCUUCUUCUGUGUCCUUGCCUGGCCUUGCCGACUGCCCAAGAAAGACAUCUUGGACGUGGAGAAAACUUUCCAGGGUCCUAGGAAGAGUGAAACUCCACAAAGCUUCCGGGUUCCUGGGGGAUUCCUGCAGAAGCCUCUACUGUUACUCGGGGACUCUGUGCAAGACAGAGACUACCUUAGCACUCAUAGACUUUCGAUGCGGGAUUUCCAUUGAGCCACCAGGGUGCUCCUCAAAUGGCCUUCUCUAUCUGUUUUGUAGAAAAUGUUUCUAUUGCUUUUGCUACAUGGAAUCUGCUGUAGGGACUUUCUCUGUCAUGGUUCUUGAGUCACAAUGCUUUGGAACCUAUUUUUCUGUUACUUCACACUGUUUGUUAGUCUUUUCUUUUCAGCAUUAUUGCAAAUAAAUAUUGAACAUUCUUGGAUUUGUCGACUCU